UACUGAAACAGAGGAUGGAAUAUUUAUGACGUCAGAGGGACGUCUCUGACCAUCACCCCUACAAAAGCUUGAUAUAUAAAGGGGUCUUUCCCUUGUCCCAUUCUUCUUCGUUCAAAUAUUUCAUCGUCUUCACCGUAAAACCUUAAACACUUCAGAGCCCUUUUUGUCUAAUUAUCCAAGAAGAGUUCAAAGCUAUACUUUGAUUCAUCAGCUUGAGAGGUUAACGAAGAAAAUGUGUGGGGGUGCCAUCAUCUCUGAUUUCAUCAUCCGCAACCGCGGUCAAAGCGUCUCCGCCGCCGAUAUCUGGCCAAACUCGUUCUUCGCUAAGAUUAACGGCGGCCAGUUCGAUCCCGAUCCCGCUCGACUCGGGGAAAGUGGACGUGUCUCCCUCAAGAGGAGUCAACCCGUCUCAGGUGGUGGGCAAGAGGCAGCGGAGAAACCAAAGAGGCAGAGGAAGAAUCUGUACAGAGGGAUAAGGCAGAGGCCGUGGGGCAAAUGGGCUGCCGAGAUUCGAGAUCCGAGAAAAGGUGUCCGCGUGUGGCUCGGAACCUUCAACACGGCCGAAGAAGCUGCUCGAGCCUACGACCGUGAAGCCAUCAAAAUCCGUGGCAAGAAGGCCAAAGUCAAUUUCCCUAACGAUGACACCCAUUUCACCAUCAACCACCGCAAAAAUGGCCAACCUUGUCACUUGAAUCCACCCCCAAAUUCGAACCCGAUCCCAAACCGGAACUAUCAUCCGGUUGCAGAUUCCAGUAGCACAAGUUUCGGGUUCGGCAACGGGCUGAACCAGAUCCCGGUUGCCGACAGCUGCAACACGAAUCCGGUUCAAAGUGGGGUGCACUCUGAUUCUGCAGCGGAGGAGAAUUCUGGGUCGAAUUCAGCAUGCGAGCCAGCGAACUCGUAUUCUCCACCGGCGAUCAACGGCGGCGAGACGAAGGCUAAAGAGGAGAAAAACGAGGUACAAAGGUUGUCGGAGGAGCUAAUGGCGUACGAGGAUUACAUGAAAUUCUAUCAGAUUCCGUAUCUCGAGGGCCAAUCCUCGACGGCGACGGACGCGUCUGCGCAAGUGAGCGUCGUCGGAAAUCUCUGGAACUUUGAGGACGCCAUGGCCGCGUCCCCCGUCGCCUCGGGCUCCGCUUAAUGGUGUCGUCGAUUCGUGGACUCAGUUCCGUUUAUUUUUCAUUUAUGUGUUUUUCCGUUUUGUAUUAAUAUUUCGGACGAGAUUUUAGGGAUGUGCAGAAUUUGUCGGUUGGUCAUAUAAUUGUUAAUGUAAACUUCGGAUUUUCAUGUUUAAUCAUAUUUACAAAUAUC